AGCCUGCGGGGUCCUCUGCACAACUCUCUAGCCAUGCGCUGCGUGUCCGUGUGUGUUCGGGGCGAGUGGUUCAGGGUGCCCUGCGGCGGCCCCUCGGCCUCCGUCCGGUCACUGGGGUCCGAGGCCCUGCGGCGCUACCAUCGGGCCGGGAAGCUGGGAGACAAAGACGGGGAUUUGGAGUUCAGCAUGCGGAGGUGUCGCCGUGGAGAACUCCUCCACCCUGAGGACAGAGCAGAGGAUGUUCUGGAGGACAACGACUUCGUGGAGUUGGUCUUUGCAGGGGACAAUGACUCUUCUCCGCUGCCAAUGGGAGUACAAAACUCCUAUCAAGAGCCUAAAGAGUACAUUCCCCUGGAUGGCAACAGUCUCACCACAGCUGAUCUGGUCAAGUUGGGUCAAGGCUUGUUCAAAAUAAAGCUGACCCCCGAGGCAGAGGAGAGAGUCCUAAAGGCCAGAGAGGUCAUUGACACUUUUAUUAGAGAAGACAAAGUUGUGUAUGGAGUCAACACCGGCUUUGGGAAGUUUGCCCAAACACUCAUACCGAAAGAGCAAGUGUCGCAGCUGCAGGAAAAUCUGGUUCGCUCUCAUUCUGCCGGAGUGGGUGACCCAUUGAGUGUCGAGAGGACGCGCAUGCUGCUGGUUCUGAGAAUCAAUAUCCUCGCCAAAGGCCACAGCGGUGUUUCCAUGGAAACCAUCAAUGCUAUGAUCAAGGCCUUCAACGUGUCAUGUUUGUCCUGGGUACCAGAAAAGGGCACUGUGGGAGCGAGUGGAGACUUGGCCCCCCUGGCUCACCUCACCCUGGGCCUGAUGGGGGAGGGCAGGAUGUGGUCACCGCAGAGCGGCUGGGCGGAUGCCAAGGCUGUGUUGGAGGGCCAUGGGCUCAGACCUCUUGUGCUGAAACCAAAGGAGGGAAUCGCUCUGAUCAACGGGACUCAGCUGAUGUCGUCUCUGGGGGCGGAGGCCGUGGAGAGGGCUCUGAGCGUGGCCAGACAAGCUGACGUCAUCGCAGCCUUGACUUUGGAAGCCCUGAAAGGCACCACGAAGGCCUUCCACAGAGCUGUCCAUGCGGCGAGACCUCACCCCGGUCAGAUUGCGGUGGCGGAGAGGUUACGCUCUCUGCUGGACUCUGAUGUCUUCCCCUCUCAGAUCUCAGAGAGUCAUAGAUCGUGCAAACGUGUUCAGGAUGCCUACACCCUGCGCUGCAUCCCACAGGUGCAUGGAGUGGUGAAUGACACAAUCGCCUUUGUCCAGACUGUGAUUUCCACGGAGCUGAACAGCGCCACGGACAACCCACUGGUAUUUGCAGAAACUGGGGAGACAAUAUCUGGUGGGAAUUUCCAUGGAGAGUAUCCAGCCAAGGCCCUGGACUAUCUGGCCAUAGGUGUGCACGAGCUGGCCAGCAUAAGUGAGAGGAGGAUUGAGAGGCUGGUGAACCCGGCCCUCAGUGACCUGCCUGCCUUCCUCGUCCAGGAUGGCGGCUUGAACUCUGGCUUCAUGAUCGCACACUGCACUGCCGCCGCCUUAGUGUCAGAGAGUAAGGCUCUGUGCCACCCGUCCUCCGUUGACUCCCUGUCCACCAGCGCAGCGACGGAGGACCACGUCUCGAUGGGCGGCUGGGCUGCCCGCAAAGCCCUGAGAGUCGUGGAGCACGUGGAGCAAGUGCUGGCCAUAGAGCUGCUGGCUGCCUGCCAGGCUCUGGAGUUCCUGCGUCCCCUGAAGACCACGACUCCUCUGGAGAAGGUCUACGAGCUGCUGCGCUCCGUGGUCAGUCCUUGGGACAGAGACCGCGUCAUGAGUCCGGACAUAGAAGCUGCUCACACACUCAUCAAACAGCAGAAGGUCUGGAGGACAGCUCAGCCCUACAUGGACCAGUACAGGAAGGAGCUGCAGACAUGAAUCAUGGUCAUGUCAUCAUGUCUCCAUCAUAAUCAAGGAGACAGAUAACAGAUAUACAUUUGAGGUCAAAAUUAAAAUCUUAGUGUCAAAAUUUAGUAUAACCAGGGGUGAAAUGUAACUAAGUACUCAAGUACAAUCUGGAGGUACUUACUUUUCUUUAGUAUUUACAUUUUCUGCUACUUUUACUCCACAAAUAUUGUACUCUUUAUUAUAUUUCUUAACUUUAGUUACUAGUUACUUUGCAGAUUCAGAUAAUUGGUAUUUAUGCAAAAUCAACUAAUUAAUUAUGUUGUAUUACUAUAGAUUAAGGUUCCCAGCAGUUGGCCAUAUAAAGUAAUCAAAAUGAGCCAAACUUGACCAGCUGCAACAUUAAAGUGAACACAUUAAUGCACCAAUCAUUAUAAUGCAGUCAUGUUUAACUCUGCCAUUCUGGACAGGCAUUUUGAUGUUAAUACUUUUGGACUUAAUUUUGCAUGCAGGACCUUUACUUGUAAUAGAGUAUUUUUACACUGUAAGAGAUCUGAGUACUUCUUCCACCACUGAGAGGAACCCAAACUCCAACACAAAACUUCACUUCAUGCUGCAAACAAGAACUUUUCCCACAUUCUCUUAAAGAAAGUGCACAGCUCCCAGCACUGUUUCUUAAACAGUUAACUGAAAGUUCAAAUAAACAAAACAGCUCCGAAAAGAUUUAAACAAUUGAUAAGGAGAAAUGAUUGAAACUGACUGACCGUCAGUUCAUCAGCAGCGGAUUGUGGUGCAGAAAGCAGCAAAAGUGACGCUUUUUAGUUAA